CUCACGAGUGUUCAAUAUAACCAAUUCAUUGAUCAGCACGGUGCAAAAUGGACGUUUUCUUUACGAUAAACGGCAAGCCGUAUCAAAUAAAUGCCAAUACCGUGGCUGUUGAUACGAGCUUAAACACGUUCAUCCGAACGAAAGCUCAAUUGAGCGGAACCAAGUUUAUGUGUUCCGAAGGUGGCUGCGGUGCGUGUAUCGUUAGCGUUAAAGGAAUUCAUCCCGUAACAAAAGAGGAGAAAGUGUGGGCAGUGAAUUCGUGCCUUACCUCGGUGUUCUCCUGUCAUGGAUUGGAAAUCACAACCGUUGAAGGUGUUGGCAAUCGCCAAACGGGCUACCAUACUAUCCAGAAGAGAUUGGCCCAUUUGAAUGGAACGCAGUGCGGAUACUGUUCGCCGGGAAUGGUCAUGAACAUGUACAGUUUGCUUCAAUCGAAAAACGGCAAGGUUUCAAUGGAAGAAGUCGAAAAUUCGUUCGGAGGUAACAUAUGCCGUUGCACCGGAUACCGACCGAUAUUGGAUGCUUUCAAGUCUUUCGCCUACGAUGCGGAUAAAGCUUUGAUCGAGGCUUGCAUGGACAUUGAGGAUCUGACCAAAACCUGUCCCAAAACGGGCUCACCAUGCGCUGGACUUUGUCACAAAGCAAAGGGUCCUUUAAGCAUGGUAUUCGACGACGGGAGGCGUUGGCACAAAGCCUCAAACAUCGCUGAGAUCUUUAACGUUCUUGAGAAUGCUGGCAACGAACCGUACAUGUUUGUGGCAGGGAACACUGCACAUGGCGUCUAUCGUCGCAAUGAGAAUCUAAAGUAUUUCAUUGACAUCACCGGUGUAGAAGCACUCCGUUCACAUGCCAUUAACGGAUCGGAAUUGGUCUUGGGCGCAAAUGUUAGCCUGACUGAAACGAUGGAAAUCCUAACGAAGGCAUCGAGUCAAGUUGGAUUCGAGUAUUGCAAGCAUUUGGUCGAUCACAUCGAUCUGAUUGCCAAUGUGCCAGUGAGGAAUGCUGGAACAAUAGCUGGCAAUUUGAGCAUCAAGCACGGAAAUGUGGAGUUUCCCUCGGACAUGUUCAUUAUUUUAGAGGCAGCCGGAGCGAAAAUGACCAUCGCAAGUGGUCUUAGUACCUGUCGUAUCAAGCCUAAAACGAAAGUCGUUUCGGUGGCCGAGUAUGUUCACCUGGACAUGACCAAGAAACUCAUAUUGAAUGUCAUUCUGCCGAAGCUCGAUCCGACAACGUACAGCUUCCGGUCGUACAAGGUCAUGCCCCGUGCCCAAAAUUCGCACGCCUAUGUGAACGCUGGCUUCCUAUUUGAGUUCAAGAAUGGCCUCGUCAACAACGCUCGCAUCUGCUUCGGUGGAAUAGCUCCAGAAUUCGUGCAUGCCAGCAAAACCGAAAAGUUGCUCGUCGGAAAGAAGCUGUACGAAAAUGACGUACUGCAGAGUGCCCUGCGGAGUUUAACAACCGAAAUGAGUCCCGAUUGGGUGUUGCCUGAUGCCAGUCCCGAAUAUCGAAAGAAUCUGGCGGCCGCACUGUUCUACAAGUUCGUGUUGAAUACAUGUCCGACGGAUUUGGUGGGCAAAAAGUACGUUCUGGGUGGCUCGAUCGUCGACCGUGCCAUUUCGUCGGGAACGCAAUCGUUUGAUACGUUCAAGGAACGGUAUCCGUUGACCGAAAAAGUGCCCAAAUACGAGGGUCUGAUUCAAUGCUCCGGUGAACUGCAGUACAUCAACGAUAUCAAGCCCAUGGAUGGCGAACUUUGGGCAGCAUUUGUGCAGGCAACGGAAAUUCAUUCGUUUGUUGAAAGCAUCGAUGCAUCGGACGCUCUGUCUCUUCCCGGAGUUGAAUUUUUCUUCUCAGCCAGCGACAUACCAGGCGAAAACAAUUUCAUGCCAGCCGCUGUGGUCGCCGUAUUUGGUUCGGGCAAUGUGGAACAGAUUUUCCUCAGUAAAGAAAAUCCCGUCCUGUACAAUGGUCAGCCGGUUGGAGUAAUAUUGGCCAGCACUUUCGCAUUGGCCAACCGAGCAGCGAAAAAGGUCAAACUCACGUACAAGAAACCGGAAGUCAAACAGCCGAUCAUCACUUCACUUCACGAUGCCCACUACAAAAAGGCAACGGAACGAUACCAUCCGAUACCAUACCUCAAGAUUGCACCGACUGUCGUCACCGAUCUGAGCGACAAAAAUCCGAAAAAAGUGGCCGGAACAUUUGACAUCGGCACUCAGUACCACUAUACAAUGGAACCGCAAACGUGCGUAUGCAUUCCAGCCGAAGAUGGCAUUGAAGUGAUUUCGUCGACUCAGUGGGUGCACAAGGUGCAAAUUGCCGUGUCACGCUGUCUCAACAUACCGAACAAUCAAGUGAACAUGGGCCUUCGUCGACUCGGUGGUGCUUACGGUUGCAAGGGAACAAGGGCCACGCAUGUAGCCUGUGCUGCUGCCAUUGCCUGUAAACACACAAAUCGUCCGGUUCGCUUCGUUAUGACGUUGGAAGCGAACAUGGAAGUCAUGGGCAAACGUUUCCCAUUGCUGAACGAAUACGAUGUCGAUGUCGACGAUGACGGCCGUAUCCUGAAGAUGGUCAACAAUUUUGCGCAAGAUUUCGGUUCGAAUAUGAACGACGGUCCGGUAUUCAACACCAUCAAUCACGUGAAAAAUGUCUACGUACCCGAUACGUGGGACGUUCAAUGUAGUGCUACGCUCACCGAUGCACCAAGUAAUACAUAUUGUCGGGCACCAGGUACCACCGAAGGAUUGGCGAUGAUCGAAAACAUCAUGGAGCAUAUUGCCCGAGUCACCGGAAAAGAUACGUUGUCGGUGCGCAUGGCUAAUAUGCCAGAGAAUCACAAGAUGAGAACGAUGCUUCCGGACUUUUUGAAGAGCAUUGAUUUCGACGAGCGCAAGCAGAAGAUUGAGGAAUUCAAUCGGAACAAUCGCUGGCGUAAGCGCGGAAUCGCCUUCGUGCCAAUGGAAUAUCCGCAACCCUAUUUCGGGAUGUAUCCAGCUAUUGUUGCAAUCUAUCCGGAAGACGGUACAGUAGCGGUAGCGCAUGGUGGAGUCGAAUGCGGUCAGGGAAUAAAUACGAAAGUGGCUCAAGUGGUAGCCCAUUGCUUGAACAUUCCGUUGAGUUACGUCAGCGUUAAGCGAAUGGACAAUGUUGUGGGAGCGAAUUCGUUCUGCACGGGCGGAUCAAUGACCAGCGAGGCCCUUUGCAUGGCCGUGAAAAAGGCUUGCGAAACACUGCUCGAACGCAUGAAACCGGUACGCGACGAACUCGGCGACCCGAAAUGGAAUGUUCUGACCCAAGCGUGCUACGACAAACUGGUCGAUCUGAGCUGCAAAUCGAUAUUCGACAAAAAUGAGGUGACCGAGUACACCAUUUGGGGAUGCAGUUGUGCCGAAGUCGAAGUGGACAUUUUGACCGGCAAUCUGAAAUUGACUCGCGUCGAUAUCUUGGAAGAUACGGGCGAAUCGAUGAGUCCUGGCAUCGAUGUGGGUCAGGUGGAAGGAGCAUUUGUCAUGGGCAUCGGUUAUUGGCUGACGGAGAGUGUGGUUUAUGGUACGGAAAAGGGAGAGUUGUUGACGAAUCGAACGUGGACAUACAAACCGCCGGGUGCAAAGGAUAUUCCUGUCGAUUUUCGCGUAACAUUUUUGCAUAACAGUUCCAAUGCGGCUGGAGUUUUACGUUCGAAAGCAACUGGCGAACCACCGCUAUGCAUGUCGAUUGUCGUGAUUUUUGCAUUACGCCAUGCAUUGGAAUCAGCUCGAAAAGAUGCGGGAAUUACAGAUUGGUUUGAAAUGGGUGCUCCAUCCACGCCAGAUAGGCUUUUCUUGAGUGCAGGCAACUCAUUGGAACAUUUCAAACUUUACUAGACGUUCAUUGGGCGCCUUGGACGAGUUAAAGUGAACAAAUUUUCAUCAAAAGUUUCGAGGUUUUCGUCCCUCUCACAACGACUGCAGCGUUGUGUCUAUUUAAUUUAAUUAUUUUGCAUCGGUUAUUGGUUUCAUAAAAAUAUAUUUUGCAAAUUGAA